AGAAAAAUCUGUUCUCUCAUUCAGGUUGUAAGCAGCCCUCCCCAGCAAAAGCACUGUUGAGUUCUAAUGAUGCACAGAGAAACAUCUAGCUUAGCAAUAGAGGUUGCCAAAUGGUAUUCCCAGUGAUGUAUGAGAGACUGGAGGAAAGGGUCCGCACAGAAAUUGAUCAAUUUUUGGAGAGCUAGUUAGCAGGUAGGUCAUAGAACUUCCCAGUGGCAUCAUCAGUAAGCCCUUCACUGGACAAUCUAUUGUAUCUAAGAGAUCCCUAGAAUCUUCUGUGAUGUCACCAGUGUUGUGGUGACACCAACUGCCUUUGGGAUAUUCCUUCAGUUCCCUUUGGGUUCACAAACAGGCAUGUUUCGCCAGCCGCUCAGGCUAUUUCAGAAGGAAAGUGUUGAUCAAGGAGAGACCACACCAAGGCUGAAGGAAGAUGACCUCCUCUCAUCUUCCUUGGAAGGAAGGAAAUCAUUCUGGGGAAGGCUUGGUUUUGGUAGGAAGGCAUCAUCCCAAAAUGUCAUCAGUAAGCAAGAGGAGUGUUUAAAGGAACUGGAGGAACUUAAAUUUGAAAUCCAGAAGUGUCAAUUCGAGAGGGAUGAAUUUUAUCAAAUCCUGGACCUUUAUAUCUAUGAUAAUUGGGACCACAGGCUGGAUGUCGAAUUGCCAAUACUUCAAUCCGAACAUGAGAUGAGAAUGAUGGCUAUGCAAAUGAUGACCAGUUCAAUAAGUGAGGCCAUGGAGAGGUACAAGGAGCUCAUACAAGUGAACAGUUCUUACCGCAUCAGGCACUCCCAGCUUCUGCGUGAACAAACUCAAUUGAAGAACAAUAUACAGAUUUUGCUGAAUGAGAACAGAGAACUGCUGGUGGAGCAGACUGAACGGCCAGCAUCCUGUGUGGAGGCAAAGAGGCUCUGUGAAGAGGCCGGAAUGAACAUCUGUGUCCCCAGUGCAAAGGAACAGCAGGUCUGAAAUUCUCCAGGAGAAAAUCGAACAAGACACAAACCAGGGCAAGAUCUCCCUUGGAGAGAAGUGCUACAGGAGGAGAACUAAGUGUGCACAGCAAAUACACCACUAUUGCAUCUCAUCUGUAAUGUCCAUAGCAAUUGUGGACUGCAUUUUCCUCCUUUAGUUUUAUUUCUUUGGAUUGAAUAGGCUGUACUUUCACCUCCCCACCCUCCAGCAAGUGUAAACUUUUGGAGGGACUCAGAGAAGUGCUGAUGCACAUCAAUCAAGAGGUGCUGGUCAUCCAGAAAGACUGUGCACGUGUAAAUGUGUACUUGUCCUGGUGGGUCAUCCAGAAGAGUUUCAUGGAGAUCAGUUCACAACAUUGGAAAGUCUUUGAGAUAAAGUCUGUAAUAUCAUUUCUACUCAGUAUUGGAUGGCUUUGUCCUUAAUACCCCCACUCCAACAAAACAGACCUACUUCCACUCCUCUUGGAAAGAUUAUUACCAUCAGUAACUGCUUGUCUACUGUGUCUCCAAGGAGAGACACAGGCUAUAAAUCUAUUCUGCAGAAGGAGCAGCAAAAAAUGCUUAGCGCAGCUCCUCUAUUUAAAGUGUGGCUGAGUUUUGAUUAUUUUGGUUAUUUGGUUUUCCUCCUAUUCAUUUGAAGUUUUGUUAUUUAUGUGUUGUUGUUUUGUUCAUUUUGUUUUCUAUUUUGAUAAGGAUAUAGAAUGUAUAUAUUGACAACCUGCAUCUGGUUACUAUCAUGUAAAUUGGAUGUAUCCUGGUGAAAAAAAGAGUAAUCUCAAACUCUUCACUCUUAAGAACCUUCUUUAUUGAUCAUUAGUGUCAACAUCUGAAGUCCCACAGCUAUCAGGGAGGGAUGGAUCUCUGCAUUCUCAUGGGGACUGGGCAUCAAAAUCACUUCCUAGUCAGACUGAGAUUCAAAGGCAAUUAUACAGUCACUGUUCACUGUGUUCCAAACUCUGUGAAUUUCAACUUCAUAUUGCAUAUAUUACCCACUUUGUAUGCUUACUGUCAAAUAUAUAGUUACCUCUAAAUUA